AUGGAAAAUAAGCGUAGGCAAGCCACGUACAAUGAUAAAAGGGUAACCACUAAUCUUUCGCACAUAGUCGAGAGGAUCGUUCGAGAUAGAAUUCUUGACUCUCUCUUUUACAAACAGUAUCUUUACCUAACGAAUGAACUGACCAUUCUACCAAUCAUCAUACAAAAUGUCAAAUACUUGGCUGGUACCGAUGCUAUGGGCAGACCCUCGCCCUUCAUAUGUUGCCUUUUAAGGUUAUUGGAGCUCAAACCGAGUAGGGAAAUUGUCGAACUAUGUUUGAAUCAGCUGCAGUUUAAAUACCUAACAGCGAUAAUGCUAACCUAUGUGCGAUUUGCAUUUGCAACUACAGAAGGCGAUGUCGAGAUAUACCAGCUACUAGAGCUGUUCUACCCAGACUAUAGGAAAUUGCGGUUCCAAUUGAAAUAUCCGCAAACAAUAGACGGGAAGCAACUACGCUAUACAAUUGGAUAUAUCGAUGACUGGGUGUAUCAACUACUUACAAAGGAGAGAGUAUUGGACUUAAUAUUGCCUAGAAUACGGUCGAGGUCUUCUCUAGAGGACUCAGGGGAGUUAGAAGUAAGAGUUUGGAAUACUGGAGAAAGUCCAACCGAGGACGAAAACAGUACUGACGAUAGUGACUACGAGAGUGAUAGCGAUUAG